CGCACGCGCAUGCGCGCCGCAUACUCCACCCCGUUCCCUUCUCUCUCUCUCUCUCAAGCGGAGGCCUGCCUCGCGCGCACGCGCAUGCGCGCUCCCGCCUAUGGUGCCGCCGCUGCCGCCGCCGCCGCCUUGUGAGGCGAAAACGAAUCUGCUUCAUCCUCCGCCAUUAUUAUUCUCCUUCUUAUUAUUAUUAUAGGCCUCCUUUUCUCUGAGGGAAAAAAGGAAAGGAAAGGAGAAAAGGAGUGAGUGAGAGGAAGGAAGGAAGGCAAAGAGAAAGAGGGAAGGAAGGAGAGAGGGAGGGAGAGAGGGGAGGGGAACAUGGCGCCGCCUCCUUCUCCUCCUCCUCCUCCCGCUGCCGCUUGGGCUCCUUCUCCGCCCCGCCCCACCGCCGCCCGCACCCGACCCAGACCACCGCCAUCCGGGAGACAUGCUGUCUAUCCAGUUGUGAAGAUCAGUGACAACUGAGCUGCUGUCGGUCCACGCAACAUGGGAAGAGCCAUCUCCGCUGUCCUGCCCAUCGUUAAUGUGAAUUGCUAGCAGUCACCUGCCCGUUAUUGCGAUUGCAUGGAAAUUCAGCAGGCAUUAAUACUCCGGGAAGCUGCCAAGGGUAACAGGAUGUUUGGACGAUGAUGAUGGCAAGGAAGCAAGAUGUCCGCAUCCCCACCUACAACAUCAGUGUGGUCGGAUUGUCUGGGACGGAGAAAGAGAAAGGGCAGUGUGGCAUUGGGAAAUCGUGCCUGUGCAAUCGCUUUGUGCGGCCCAGGGCAGAUGACUUCCACUUGGACCACACUUCAGUCCUCAGCACCAGUGACUUUGGAGGAAGAGUUGUCAACAACGACCACUUCUUGUACUGGGGGGAAGUGGUGCGUUCCCUGGAGGACUGUGUGGAAUGUAAAAUGCACAUUGUGGAACAGACUGAAUUUAUUGAUGACCAGACUUUCCAGCCUCACCGCAGCACCGCCCUCCAGCCCUAUAUCAAAAGGGCGGCUGCAACCAAGCUUGCAUCUGCAGAAAAGCUCAUGUACUUUUGCACUGAUCAGCUCGGGCUGGAGCAGGACUUCGAGCAGAAACAGAUGCCGGAUGGGAAGCUGUUGGUAGACGGCUUUCUUCUCUGUAUCGAUGUCAGCAGGGGCAUGAACAGGAACUUUGAUGAUCAGCUCAAGUUCGUUUCAAACCUGUACAAUCAACUCACGAAAACGAAAAAGCCCACAGUGAUCGUUCUGACAAAGUGUGACGAAGGGGUGGAGCGGUACAUUAGAGAUGCACAUACUUUUGCCUUAAGCAAAAAGAACCUCCAGGUGGUCGAGACGUCUGCCAGAUCCAAUGUGAACGUGGACUUGGCUUUCAGCACUUUAGUGCAGCUGAUAGACAAAAGCAGGGGCAAGACUAAAAUUAUCCCUUACUUUGAGGCUUUGAAGCAGCAAAGCCAGCAGAUUGCGGCUGCGAAAGAUAAGUAUGAGUGGCUGGUGAGCCGCAUUGUGAAAAACCACAAUGAGACUUGGUUGAAUGUCUCGCGGAAGAUGCAGUCCUCUCCAGAGUACCAGGAUUAUGUCUAUCUGGAAGGGACGCCGAAAGCCAAGAAGCUCUUCCUGCAACAUAUUCAUCGCCUCAAACAAGAACAUAUAGAGCGCCGGAGGAAAAUGUAUCUUGCUGCUUUGCCUCUCGCUUUUGAAGCCCUUAUUCCAGACUUGGAUGAUAUAAACCAUUUGAGCUGCAUCAAGGUGGAGAAGCUGUUGGAGUCGAAGCCGGACUUCUUAAAGUGGUUUGUGGUUCUUGAGGAGACUCCCUGGGAUGCCACCAACCACAUCGAUAACAUGGAGAACGAACGCAUUCCCUUCGACCUGAUGGAGACCUUGCCUGCCCAGCAACUCUACGAGGCCCAUCUUGAGAAGCUGAGGAAUGAGAGGAAAAGGGCAGAAAUGAGAAGGGCUUUCAAGGAGAAUUUGGAGACUUCCCCUUUCAUAACUCCAGGAAAACCUUGGGAGGAGGCGCGUAGUUUCAUCAUGAACGAGGACUUUUAUAUGUGGCUCGAAGAGUCGGUCUACAUGGAUAUUUACGGUAGACACCAAAAGCAGAUUAUAGAGAAGGCCAAGGAGGAGUUUCAGGAGCUGCUUCUGGAAUACUCAGAACUGUUCUAUGAGCUGGAGCUUGAUGCCAAGCCCAGUAAAGAGAAAAUGGGCGUCAUCCAGGAUGUGUUGGGCGAAGAACAACGAUUUAAAGCAUUACAAAAGCUGCAAGCCGAACGAGAUGCCCUGAUCUUGAAGCACAUCCAUUUUGUGUAUCACCCAACAAAGGAAACCUGCCCCAGCUGCCCAGCUUGCAUAGAUGCUAAAAUUGAGCAUUUGAUAAGUUCCAGGUUUAUAAGGCCUUCUGAUCGCAAUCAGAAAAACUUACUGUCAGACUCCAAUAUAGAUAGAAUCAACUUAGUCAUUCUCGGUAAAGAUGGACUUGCACGUGAGUUAGCAAAUGAGAUCCGAGCUCUUUGCACAAAUGAUGACAAGUAUGUGAUAGAUGGAAAGAUGUAUGAGCUCUCCUUGAGACCGAUCGAAGGUAAUGUCAGGCUUCCUGUUAAUUCUUUUCAGACGCCAACGUUUCAGCCCCAUGGUUGCCUCUGUCUUUAUAACUCCAAGGAAUCUCUGUCGUAUGUUGUCGAAAGUAUUGAAAAGAGCCGAGAGUCCACUCUUGGCCGAAGGGACAACCACUUAGUUCACCUUCCUCUGACUCUCAUCCUGGUGAACAAGAGAGGAGACACGAGUGGAGAAACCCUGCACAGCCUCAUCCAGCAAGGGCAGCAGAUUGCCAGCAAGCUGCAGUGCGUCUUCCUCGACCCAGCUUCUGCUGGCAUUGGCUAUGGGCGUAAUAUUAACGAGAAGCAAAUCAGCCAAGUUCUGAAAGGCCUGCUCGACUCGAAGCGCAACUUAAACCUGAUGAGCUCGACAGCGAGCAUUAAAGAUAUGGCUGAUAUUGAUCUUCGGAUAGUCAUGUGUUUGUUGUGUGGAGAUCCCUUCAAUGCGGAUGACAUCCUCCUCCCAAUUCUUCAGUCCCAAACCUGUAGGCCUUCCCAUUGCGGGAGCAGUAAUUCUGUGUUACUUGAAUAUCACAUAGGACCACACAAGAGGCGUAUAGAACUCUCCUUGCUUUCGUACCAUUCCUCAUUUAGCAUUAGGAAAAGCUGGCUAGUCCAUGGCUACAUUUUGUUUUAUUCAGCUAAGCGUAAAGCCUCCCUGGCUAUGUUACGUGCCUUCCUUUCUGAAGUGCAGGAUAUUAUCCCUGUUCAAAUCGUGGCACUCACAGAUGGCUCCUUAGAUGUUCUGGACAACGAUUUGAGUAGGGAACAGUUGACGGAGGGAGAGGAUAUCGCCCAGGACAUCGAAGGAAAGUUCACCACUAUCCCUUGUAGUCAACCUCAACAUAAACUAGAAAUCUUCCACCUGUUCUUCAAGGACGUGAUGGAGAGGAAAAACAUCAUUGAAGCCACCCACAUGUACGAUAACGCUGCGGAAGCCUGCAGCACCACGGAAGAAGUGUUCAAUUCCCCCCGGGCCGGCUCCCCCCUCUGCAAUUCAAACCUUCAGGAUUCGGAGGAAGACAUUGAGCCUCCGACCUACAGCCCUUUCCGAGAGGACACCUCAUUGCCCAGUUUGUCCAAAGAUCUUUCUAAACUUUCCAUGGAGUUAGAGGGGAACGAUGGUCUUUCCGUCUUUUCUGUUAUGAGCACUUUUGAAAGCAAGCUGAACAACAAAGUACCUCCGCCAGUGAAACCAAAGCCCCCGGUCCAUUUUGAUAUUACCAAGGGGGAUCUUUCUUAUUUGGAACAAGGGCAUAGGGACGGGCAGAGGAAGUCCGUGUCAUCCAGCAGUUGGCCCCCAACGGAUGGCUUUGACCCUUCCGACUAUGCGGAGCCCAUGGAUGCGGUAGUCAAACCGAGGAAUGAGGAGGAAAAUAUCUACUCAGUGCCCCACGACAGCACCCAAGGCAAAAUCAUCACCAUUCGGAACAUCAACAAGACCCAGUCCAACGGAAGCGGCAACGGGUCAGACAGCGAAAUGGACACGAGCUCCUUAGAACGUGGCCGCAAGGUGUCUAUCAUUAGUAAACCAGUGCUGUAUCGGACAAGAUGUACAAAGCUCGGGAGAUUUGCCAGUUUCAGGACCAGUUUCAGCGUAGGGAGCGAUGAUGAAUUGGGCCCCAUUAGGAAGAAGGAGGAAGACCAGACCUCCCAAGGUUAUAAGGGAGAUAAUGCUGUCAUUCCAUAUGAGACUACCGAUGAAGACCCCAGGAAAAGGAACAUCCUCCGAAGCUUGAGGAGAACAACUAAGAAACCAAAGCCUAAGCCACGGCCAUCUAUCACCAAGACGACAUGGGAGAGCAGUUAUUUCGGGGUGCCUUUGACCACUGUAGUGACACCAGAGAAACCAAUUCCCAUUUUCAUUGAGAGAUGUAUCGACUACAUUGAAACAACAGGGUUGGGCACAGAAGGUAUCUACCGGGUGAGCGGAAACAAGUCUGAGAUGGAAAGUUUACAACGGCAGUUUGAUCAAGAUCACAAUCUGGACCUUGUGGAGAAGGACUUCACUGUGAAUGCUGUAGCUGGAGCCAUGAAGAGCUUCUUCUCAGAAUUGCCUGAACCCCUGGUACCUUACAACAUGCAGGCUGAGCUGGUGGAGGCCCACAAGAUCAACGACAGAGAGCAGAAGCUGCAUGCGCUUAAAGAGGUGCUGAAAAAAUUUCCCAAGGAGAACUACGAGGUCUUCAAAUAUGUUAUCUCCCAUUUGAACAAAGUCAGCCAACACAACAGAACCAACCUGAUGACGAGCGAGAACCUCUCCAUUUGCUUCUGGCCCACCUUGAUGAGGCCCGACUUCAGCACCAUGGAUGCGCUCACUGCCACCCGCAUUUAUCAGACAAUCAUCGAACUCUUCAUCCACCAGUGCCCCUUCUUUUUCUACAAUCGGCCCAUCAUAGAGCCCCCCGGUGCCAUGCCCAGCUCCCCCUCGGCCCUUCCCGCCAGCACGCCUUUCCUCUCGUCCACCCCUGUGAUGGCCCAGCCCUCCCCUCCACAGACGCCUCCCCCCUCACCACAGUCUCCUCUCCAGCCCCUUCUCCCUCCCCAGCUUCAAGCUGAGCAGCAUACACUGUGAACUCGGGCGCGAGAGGAAGUCGAGGUCCACUGCUGUUCUGACGUGCCGAACAGAGACUGGAAACUCCGCCCCGGCAUCACUUGGCACACUCUUUCCCCACUCCACUCUGUGGCAGACUUGCGCUGCGGAAUAGAGCACUGGCAAGUUGGUGCAUUGGACACGCGUGAAGCCUUGGUUCCGCCUCAGUGCCUGGCGCAGAAGGGCCUGCCGGAACACGGGCCAGCGCGGGACCUUCUCCUGAGCAGAGAGGAUGCCGGCCUCUCCCCUUCCGCACCGGCUCUUUCUUCGACCGAGAGCAGUCCCGACCCAAGUAGAACUUGUGGGAACAUUGCCAAGUUCGGAGGAGGGGAGCGUAGUCUGUUGGCUUUUAGGUGCAUCUUUGGGAAUCUCUCCUUUCCCGUCUCCUCUUUGGCUCGCAUGUGAACAGAGGGGCGCUGCUAAGGCGUAACAGGAUUUGGAGCUUCUCCCCAACAACACAUUCCAUAAGCUGUAAUGGAGGCCUGUCCUGCAGCACCGGGCAUCUCACCCAUCUUGCGGGGACCAUGAUUUCCACUUGCAGCACCCCAGCCUCUUGGCUCAGAAGGACUUGGACCAAUGCUUCUGAACAGAACGCUUUUUAAAUGUCAGCAAGGCUGGAGUGAAACUUUGUCUUGACUCUUCAAUAAUGGCCAAUCCAAGUGGGAAGGAAGAGCCCCCCUCUCCUUGACAUGAAGAGAAACGAGGCAUUCCCCGCCUUUGCUUGCUGGUUGGGCUGUUUUUAACCUGGCAAAGUUGUGUGGGACUUUGGCUCCUUUUUACUUGUUCAGAGAAUUUGUGCAUGGCAGAUUUCCCUUGGCGGCGGGUGGGUGGCGGGUUGUAGGGCAGUCCAGGUUUGGUCUGGUAGGUUCUGCUGUCUUCAUUUGACAAACAGCAACAUAUCUCUUGUUACCCUUCCUCAUCCUCCUCCUCCUCCCCCCCUCCGCGCAGAAUAUUUGUGUUAGCACUUAAGAGAGGAGAAAGAAAAGAGGCAAAUGCGUGUGUGAGUUUUGCAAACCAAGUCCACGUUUCGUUGUCUGACCUGAGGUUUCAUUCCUUGGGCACGCUGUGUUGGAAAAAUACUAUUGGUGUGUGUGUGUAUGAGAGAGAGAAAGAAAGAGAGAGAGAACAGGCAUGGGUGGUUAUAACUUCUGCUUUUUCAAAAAUAUCCCCAGUGUUUUAAAGUGUGCUGGAAUUAAAUUGUGGAAAGUGUGACUUCUGUAGCUUCUCCUCCCUUGGCCUUUGUUGGAGGAGAUGGCGCCAGAAGAACUACAUCCCUAGUGUUGUUUUGAAGGCCCCUUGGAAUCUAGUCACUGGUCUUCCAAAGUCAAUUGCUAUCUUGGAGACCCAGAUAGAUAUGCUUGCUCAAAAGGCACGCACAAAGGCGCACAACCUGUGAACCUCCCCCAACAUCAUUGGAUGUUUCUGACCAUUUUGGCCCUAAUCCUGAAAAUGGACACCAGUGAAGAAGACCCCUCAGUUGAGUUUCACAUUAGGCUGCUCAGAGCAUGAAGGUCUUCCAAAGUCAAUUGCUAUCUUGGAGACCCAGAUAGAUAUGCUUGUUCAGAAGGCAUGCACAAAGGCGCACAACCUGUGAACCUCCCCCAACAUCAUUUGAUGCUUCUGACCAUUUUGGCCCUAAUCCUGAAAAUGGGCACCAGUGAAGAAGACCCCUCAGUUGAGUUUCACAUUGGGCUGUUCAGGGCAUGAAGGUCUUCCAAAGUCAAUUGCUAUCUUGGAGACCCAGAUAGAUAUGCUUGUUCAGAAGGCACGAACAAAGGUGCACAACCUAUGAACACCCCCCCCCCCACAUAAUCUGAUGUUUCUGACCAUUUUGGCCCUAAUCCUGAAAAUGGACACCAGUGAAGAUGACCCCUCAGUUGAGUUUCACAUUGGGCUGCUCAGGGCAUGAAGGCUUGGGGAGAAACCACAUAGGAGGGUCUCAAAUGGGCUAAAACCGAUAGCAAGAGGCCUUGGGGCCAAAUCUCAAUGGCAAUGAUUAUUUACCUUGCCAGAACUACAUGAAACGGUCAAGGUGUUAAUAAAUAUAAUGUGUAGGCCUUCUUUACAUCCUCCUCCUGUGCCAUUUCGCAGCUCCCUCCUCCCAGUCUGUUGGUGUGUUUGCAUGCAUGUGCAAAGAAGCGUGUGCCCUGGUUCAAGUCUUUGGUGCUCCCAUGCACAGUGCACUUGUCUCUUCCCUUUGCCCUACACAGGAAGCCACUGUGUGCUCCUGUCACCCCUUAACUCUGUGGUCUUCCCCCUCUUUUCUUCGCCUGUUCUGCUCGUAUUGAGCCUGCUUCUUUCCUUACCUCUUGAGGAAGAGCUAGAAGUGAACCACUACAACAUUCCCCAUGGAGACACCAUGAAAAUGGCCUAUGGGGUGUAUAGCAGCAGUACCUAGUCAACUGCCUUGUGUGUAUGUGUGUGUGAAAGAGAGAGAAUGAGAGAGUGUAUGGGGGGGGGGGGGGAGGAAGUCCGCACCUGCUGAGUUUCAACUGGAGUUUCCACGGUACCACUAGGAAGACACAAGGGAGGACUCCCGAUGCCAUCCUUUCUGUCUCUUCGCACUUUAAAGGAGAACCUGUGGUUUAAUUGCUGGUUUCGGCAUUUCAAGGAUGUUUGUGGUGACCUGUGUUUGGGGGACAGAGGGACCGAGGGUGGAGAGAGAGAAGGAGCCCCGACCCAUUCCCAAACCGGACUCUCCCUUCGCUCUGCUCCUUUUCUGGCAUUUCAGAGGCCCAGUCUUCAGCAAGCUGACUCUCUCCUAUAAAUACGCUGAAUUAUGUACUCCUUUUUUUCUUGAGAAUCACAUUUUAAAGAGUGUAUUGUGUCAGGAUCGUGUGCCUGAAAAGCGUCCCCUUGCAAGCGUUCCCCUUUCCCUCCUCUUCCAAGUUUUAUAUUCUCAUGUGUUAAGAAAAUUGAGCUUUUGUAAAUAAUGGAAACUUUUUUGGUUGGUUUGAAGACUGUUAAAAAGAAAGCAGAGAGGGUUCACACAACAAUACAGAGGCUUGGGAAAGGAGAGGGAUAAUGAGAGGGCUGGGGAAACUGGAUCUCCCACCUGACCGAGAUGAGGGUCACUACACCCGUGCCAAGUUGGGCUAGUGUGAGAAAGUGGCGUUGUCUUGUCAAAGGCUUCCGUGGGUUGUUGUGUGUUUUCCAGGCUGUAUGGCCAUGUUCCAGCAGCAUUCUCUCCUGAUGUUUUUCCUGACCUCACAACCUCUGAGGAUGCCUGCCAUAGAUGGGGAGAAUGCUUCUUGAACAUGGCCAUACAGCCCAGAAAACACACAACAACCCAGUGGCAUUAUUGUUUUCUGUCAAGAUAGGGUCCUUUUGGGUAUGCAAGGUCUUUUUCUGUGCCUUCUUGAAGGGUCUGAUGCUACACAUCUCCCACUAAAAAGGUCUCUUCGUAACAACAUUUGGGAUUUGGGGCUUUCCUUGCUGUUCUACGCCUCUAUCGGGGAGAGGUUUAUUCAAUGUCAGGCAUAUUUUCUAUUUGCUGCUUAUCUUCAUCCUCUACAAUGUGGUGGCUGCCUGCUUGUUGCCCUUCACCAAAAUGAUUGUGGCAGAAUGACGUCCCACUGCUGCUGUGCUAUGGAAACUGUGGUCCUCCUUUCCCAUCACUCGCCUGCUCUGAGAAGUGAAUUUGGGAUUUGCCGGACUGGCUCUCUGUAGUUGCCAAAUGCUGUGGCCUUGUGAUUCUGACCCUAGUUUCUGUGCUGGAAGUGGAUGUCGGAAGAGAUGUGCGUCUUUCUCCCUUGGCCUGCCUCAUUUUCCUUGGUGCAGUGGGUUGAGGAGGUCUUGUUUUGCAGAGUGGAGAAAUAGAUGUCCCCUUGCAAAUGCUAUAUUGGACACCAGUAAUCUUAGAAAAACAACAGAUGAAGCGAGGCAGAUCCUCCAGACUAGCAGGGGAGGCAUGUGUGCAUGUUAUGUGUAUGUAGCAGAACCAAGGCGCCGCUGCUGGGGACCACUGCUUAUUUUGAAUUAAGUGAUUUCUGAUGCCCACUUGAACCUCAUCCCUUCCCCACAAA